UUCGUUUCGCGUAAGAUCGACGACGUGGCGAUGGAUGCUGCUGCGCUUCCGCCGCUCACUGGACUGAAUGGCAAUGCUAUCACGCCACAGGAGGCGUAUGUGACACUCCGUGACGCCAUGCGUGAUGCUUCGCACAGCGACGUCGCAUUGCGCGUGCACUUUACGUCCAAUUUCAUGACUCUCUCUGACAACGGCGUGCACAAUCUGUUCCAGGUGUUGGAGUACUACCUCGUCGACGACACGCACAUGACCAUGCCAGAGUUCUUAGCGUCUCGGAGCGAACUAUACGGCCCCGUGAAUCGGAACAAGUGCGAAGAGGUGUGGAAUGGUGACCACAUUGCGUACCGUUGCCGAACAUGCGGGCUCUCAGACUCGAGUUGCAUGUGCGUGGGCUGCUUCGAUCCCGCCCAGCAUGAGAACCACGACUACCGCAUCUAUCGAUGUAGCUAUGGCGGGUGCUGCGACUGCGGCGACGACCUGGCAUGGAAGGCGACUGGUUUUUGUUCUCGGCAUCAGGACACCGCUGGCGUCGGCGCGCCUGUCGAGCUGCCUACGUUGGAAGCCACGCGAUUGCAUGUGGCCGUGGACGCGAUAUUGCACUUUGGCAACUUGGUGGUUUUCAAAAUCUACGAAGAAAACACCAUCCAAGACAACCUCCAUCAAUCCAACACCUUUACGCAUCUCGAGCAAGGCGGCAGCCGUCGGCGGCUCCAGUCCCGCGUCUCGUCUUCCUUUUCCGAGCUUUCUUCGACCAGUCAAUCUCUCCUCGCGCGAUUUUCGCUAAGUCUUUUGUGGCUACAAUCCAUUGCUCGAACGUGCGUCCCGUACCGCACGGCUGUAUGUGAGCGAUUCCUACAACCGAUUCAUGGUCUGCGUUCCUUUGCCGAUGGCAGUGCGGACUCGCUGGCGUUCUGGCUCACGUUUGGCGUGUUGCUGCCCGUCGACAGCUGCGACGCCGUGGGGGUGUUGUACCUGAAACUCCUCAUGGACAAACCGUUCAAGAAGGAAUUUUCCCUGCGGUUCCUGGACGCGUAUGCGUUUUACGCACGAUUGUACUUGGGGGACUCGACCGUCGAGGGAAGUUCCCGACGCCACCUCAGUCGGUACAUCGAUCGCCUCUUUUGCCAGCUCUUCCACAGCUCCGCACAGGUGGACGCCAUCGACGCCAUGCCCCAUCAGUACACGGAUAGCACAAUUCUUCCAUUUGUAGAUGUAACUUCUAGACGUAGACUCCGCACCCUCCACGGCCUUGCCAUGACCACCAACUCUGCCAUGACUCUGAGUGAAUCGCUCGCGUAUUGCUCGCUUCAAGAGAUGGCCACGGUGGUCCGAGCCACGGCGGGCCCCACCCUUCGGACUGGUCACAUGCUGAUCAAGCAGCGAGUGUACGCGCGCUUCUGCUCGGAAUUGCGCUGUCUGUUGGUCCACCCCGACUUUUGCGCACGCACGAUUGUACAUUCGUGGCACGCCACCCAGCUGGGUCGGGUGUCUGUCUACCAAGCGCUGCUGGACAUCCUCACCACAAUGCAAUGUAUGGACGGCCAGACCAAGCAAGCCGGGCGACACGUCGAGUUCGAGUCAGAUUCGUGGCAACCAGCGUUUGUAUUGGACUACGAAGUGCUGCUGGUGUGGCAGUAUGUCGUGCAUGCAUUUCAGCACAGAUUGGCAAACUCAAUCGACAAGGGCGACGUGGUAGCCAUGUGGCUAAACCCGGUGGUUGCCCAGAUGCGGCGGUGGUGGGACGCCGACGGCCGAGGAAAGUGCGAGGCCAGCGGGGUCUUGAAUGUCCAGCACCAACUCGACUUCUACGCCUUGUAUCGGGUCCACGAGGAGUGGAGCCUGCACUUGCCACUGCACCAUUUGCUAGGCAGUCUCUUGGACGAAGCCCAUCGAUUUGACGCCCACGAGUUGCUGUGGACGUUGCUGCAACGCCAAGACCGCGAGUUUUGGUUUCGCCUUGUGCUGCAUCCAAUCCACGUCCACCUGUUUGUGCGAAGUAUCAAAUGCCAUGCAUGGGUGCUGAACGGUCGAAGCAUGUUCCAUCAGGUGGUGCAUUAUCACUCGCGACAUUGGCGGUAUCAUGGCCUGCACAACGACUUGUUUGCGCUACAGUUGGCCGCCGCCGCGCUUCCCCCCAGUGCGCUCACGACGCUCGUCCUCUCCCAGUGGUUGCCCCACGUCACGACACAUAUGCAAAUGCUGGUCGAAGGGCUCCAGCUCUUGCUUCAAGUCGCGCUCGACCCGACCAAAAUCGCCGCCUUGUCGCCGUGGGACUUGCUGGUGCGAGACGUUGUCCACUGGCUAGCCAUUGGGCCGUUGACACGCACGGAACUGCAUGCGAAAUGCGACUUGCGCCUGGUGGAAAAGGUCAAAGCCGACACAUUCGAAGAGGAUGAAGACAUUAUCGGGCGGGUACUGGCCCAAGUUGGCCGGCUGGCGUCGACUGGCCCGAUAGGUGACUCGAGAUCGCCCCAAAUGAUAUUGCGUGAGCUGGAAGGGGGUGCCGGUGGCAGCUGCACCUACGUGUUAGAUCCGUCGUCAUGGGCUCUGGUGUGCCCCCUCUUUGAGAGCUACACGGCCACGGACAUCCAGUUAUGCGACCAGAACGCUACUAGUCACGAUCCCCACCUCAUUCUGCGUCCACGGCUGCACUUGCUAGCGCCGGCGUUCCAUUCCCGUGGAAAUAUGCAUGCGAUCGUGGCCACACACAUCUUGGCGUGUCGGAAUGUGCUUGCGGUCAUCGUGUGGGUCCUCUGCGACUACCCCAAGGACGAAUCCCUUGUCCAAAUGGCUCUGUUUUACUUGGACAUGGCGACGACGGUGCUGCCGCCGCACCAGGUGACACCGCCCCCGUACACGACCGUCCAUCCCCACGUGAAUGCGAUCGCGGCCAAGUUUGCAGGAAAUACAUGGUGGGACCACUUGGUGUGCGACCUGUCCUCGUCUCUGUCGUCGUCGUCGUCAGUGCUGAGCCUGGUCUCGGCCUUGUUGGGUUCUCGGUUCAACCGUCUAGUGCAGUCGAUUGUCGAUCGAAUUCAAUCGGCUACGAAUGUGCACCACCAGUGUCCAUCCACCGACGCGCGUUCCAACUCGUCAAUCGUGGACACCGUCACAUCAUCCACCCGUCCGUCGUCGUCGUCGCCACCGCCCCUAUCCGCCAAAGAGCGCCAGGCCCAAGUACUCGCCAAGAUGAAAGCCCAGCAGCAAUCGUUUCUUAUCAAUCAAGUGGACGUCCCCCCCGACAAGUUGCCCUUGUUGUUUAACUCGACUGCUUCGGACGACGAAGCGUUCGAUCACAUGACGAUUGUUCCAUCCAGUGUUACACUGGACGACCAACCAGACGUGUGCUCCCUCUGCCACGACCACGUCACAGACCAAGUCGACGGCCUGCACUAUAUGGGAUGUGUGACACCGUCCAACAUUGCAACGCUGGCGCAGCCGCCGCUUGCUUCGACCAACAUUCAGUGCCACAUCCGACUCUGCGGCCACGUCGUCCACCGACCAUGCAUCUGGGCUUACGUGGCGUCCCUAUACAGCUCCAACGACGAGCGGCUGCUGAGCCGCGACGACGCCGAGUUCCUCUGUCCGGUCUGUCGUCGGUUAUGCAACACCCUCGUACCCGUGGCCCUCGACCAUCACUCGUCCGCUCCGUCGGCAGAUUGUUUGUUGCAAGGUGCUGCUAUUCGAUAUUGUGAAGACGAUGUGGAGAUGGACUCGGCCCCCGACAAGUUGGUCGAAACUGCUUUGGACUCGUUGGCCAACCAAGUGCACGAGUACACGUGCCAACCCCACACAACGCAGCAGACACUGACAGAGCUCUUUCUGCACACGCUGUUCCUUACGCAUUUGGCGCUGCCGGCUGCAUGUGGGGACGACGACGACUCAUCUGUGACAACGUUCUUACGUCGUCACAUUCCUGCCGCCUCUCAACUGACGCUGCGGCAUCUGCUUGGACUGCUGGCUCCAAGUCAGUCUGCAGUGGAGGAUGCUGGCACUGACGUGGUGGCAGUUGUGUUGCACGCCAUGACCAGGGCCGAUACACUCCAAGCCAAAGCUGCGGCGUUGGCUUCAACGUUGCAGGACGCCCUGCUGGCUUGCCACGUCACGGCCGACUACUCGACGCUAUCUUCCACACUACGCCAACUCGGUGUACUCUUGUUCGCGUUGAACAUCCCGAAUCCUCGUCUACAUGAUGAAGCUGCUGCUCCUGCACAGGUUGGCCACGCCAACAGCAUGGACGCAUGGCUUCGCUUUGUGGGCGUACCGCCGCCCCUAGCGACUCUGUCCACAACUGCAACACUACUCGACGCAUUAGACCAUCCGUCCGAUUCAGCCACACGGUUCCACUUGCAAAGACUUGUGUGGAGGCAGCCCACUGCGUUUACCCUGCAGCCGCUGCCCCCGUUAUACGUACACAUUUACCUGCAGUACUGCCAGAACCCCGUGCGGUGCUCCACUUGCCACCAAGUACCCGCCCAUCCAGCGCUCUGUUUGUUGUGCGGGGUAACGAAGUCGUGCUAUCUAGAGUUGCUACUACAGAUGCAAAUGUUUUGCAUGUUGAAUGCUGAGGGAAGGAUUGAUGGAGGAGGAGGGGGAAUGGCGUACAUCUGACGGCCGUGAGUGUGUGUUUAUGUCUGGGGUAGGCGUUGGUGUGUUGCUUUAGCAGUUGCUGUGCAACGGAGGACGGAGUUGGCGAGUGUACGACGCAUGCACUCAAGUGCGGCGUCGGGUUUGGGUGCUUCUUGCUCUUGCGCGCGUGCACGGUAUAGUGGCGGCGGCGGAUCGAUCGACUAUGAGGAACGAUGACCCAUGAGUGUGUAUGUGUAGGUGCUGCUGCUGCUUGGCCACGGUCGAUGCUGUAUCUGGGGCAGCGUCUACUUGGAUCGGAAUGGCGAGGAAGACGCGCAUUUCCGCCGAGGCAAGACGCUGUACUUGAACCAAGAGCGCGUGGCGGCGCUGACGAGGCUCGUGGUGCUGCACGGGUUCACGGAGAACACGGCGAUCCUGAACAACACAUCCAGACGAGACGGUUCGCGGUAUUAACACGAAAUGAAUGUACGGGUUCGUGUUGUCUA